AUGCCAGAACACACGCCCGCCCCGACGCCCUCCCGUGCCAUUUACGGAUUCUGUCUGUUUCUGCUCUUCAAAACCCUCUUCAUCCUGUACGUCCUCUGGGCCUUCAUUCCGACGGAACUGCUGGACGGGUUCGGUCUCACCUACCUUCCGGACAAGUACUUUGCCCUGUUCAUCCCGAUCCUGCUCCUGGUCGGCCUCACCUUCUUCGCGUUCCUCGUUUACCCGUCGCUCUCACUUGCGAUGAUGCCCGACCGGGACGCGGUGGCCACCGUGACCGAUCCGUACGCGAUCGUGCGCUGUCAGUACCAGUUCCCGGAUCGGCAGCACUGCAACCAGCGCAUUGACCGCCCGUACGGCGACAGUUGGCUGGUGAAGCCGUUCUGCUCGAAGCACUCGAUCCGGGUGACCACGGCCAGUGAUCUGCGCGGGAGUGUCCGCAUUUCGAACUUUUGCGAUUGUCCGGUGGCUGGCACGGAUGAGGAGCGAUGCUUGUUGAGGAAGGAUCCGGGCCAUUUGGGACGGUUGAGGGGGAAGCCGAUGGUGCCGGCGGUGGCAGAUUUGAAUAUGGCCGAGGUGAGCCGGGUGUUGUACCGGAAGAAGGGGAGAUAGCUUGUUGACCAAAAUUAUUGAAUUUAGUAUCUUUUUUUGUUCCAUGAAAGCAUUUUGCCAAAUGAAACGAGCAAAGUCGUGUGAAUUCCUGCUAAGAUAAUCUUACUAUUUUUACUAAACAUUUAUUUCCACAAAAUGUAACUGAGAAAUGGAAUAGGGGGAUGGCGUCGCUAUUUUUAGACCACGUUUUCCACUUUUCCUCCAUCGAAACCGACUACUUAAUCGACUUUUUUUGCUGGGCGAGAUAGGACGUCGUCUAUUUUUAGACAGUGACUCAGCACUUUUCCACUCUUGCACUUUAAAAAGCCAGAUGGCAGCACGAUGUAACGCCACGUCCCUAUUGAAUUCAAAUAAAUGUACAAACAUUUUCACUAAGUAUAAA